UUAUUUGCUCUUUAUUGAACCAUAUGAUGUGAACGUCAGUAAUCUCAAAGCAAAAAAGAAAAUACGGCCGUACAUUAUUAGAAAUUUGAAAACAAAAUGCCUGAUUUAUCUAAAGCUGAAAAAGAAGUUUUACUCCGUAAACAUGAAAUGACCUUAAAAUUGCGCAAUGAGUUCAUAAAACAAUCCACUAACCCGUAUCGUCAUGCUUUAGGAGAAGGUGGCUAUGUGUUCGAUACUGGUUUGGCUCGUCAUCAAGCUAUGACGGUCAGCCAUUACGAACAUUUUCGACCUACAGGCCAUGCUUUCCGUUGGGGAUUUGGUUUAGUAAUUUUACCCAUUGUUUUAUACGGCUGGGCAAUGAAAGCAGAACGUAGCUGUCGUGAAACAAAAUAUCGAAACGGUGAAGUUGCUUAUAAGGACCGCAAUUUCAAAUUUAUUUAAGCAGCUUUUGAGAUAACCGAACAAGUGCUAGGUUAAUAAAAGUCGAAGAUUUCAUUCA